AUGUUUGGAGAAAAAGUAAUAGAAUUAAUUAAAGAAGCAGAAAGAAAUCGAGGAACACUCGAUCAAUUUAAUGAUGAGACCAUCCGUCAAAUUAUUGAGGAGAUGCAUGUACUGUUUAAACUAAAUAUGAAUGAUGCGAAUUCAACAACUGAAAACAAAUCUCUAUGGACGACGGUCCAAGUCCGGCAUUCAGCUUUAGAACGGAACAAAAGAUGUCUCCUAGCUUACCUGUACAAUAGAAUGAACAAAAUAAAGACUCUCCGAUGGGAAUUUGGUUCCGUCCUACCUCCAGAUGUUCGGGAACUGUUGUCUGACGGAGAAUACGACUGGUUCUCCAAGUACUCAACAAACCUUGCUACUUACAUGCGUUCUCUGGGUGAGGACAUCGGCUAUCACGGUAUAGAUCUCACAGAAAACCUCCGACCGCCAAAGUCUCUCUACAUCGAAGUGCUCUGUGUGAGUGAUCACGGUAAAUUUGAACUGGAAGACGGUGAUGUGAUUAUGUUGAAAAAGAACACGAGACAUUUCUUACCAGCCUCCGAGUGUCAGACUCUUAUAAGGAAGGGAAUCUUACAACAAAUAGUUUGA